CUCAAGAUAUUCCUCCCAUGACGUCACUACAGAUCAUUGCGGAAGUAAACCGAGCAACGAAACAGACCGAAACCCAAACAAGUUGGUGUGUACCCUUUACCAAUAUUUCCAGGUAGUCUGUCAUCAUGCUGGGGGGAGGAUUCAAAGCAGAGAGGCUAAGAGUUAACCUCCGGCUCGUCAUUAAUCGACUGAAACUCCUUGAGAAAAAGAAAACUGAGCUUGCUCAAAAAUCCAGGAAGGAGAUCGCAGAUUAUCUGUCAUCAGGAAAAGAUGAGCGGGCUCGUAUCCGCGUGGAGCACAUCAUCAGAGAAGACUAUCUGGUGGAAGCCAUGGAGAUCCUGGAGCUCUACUGUGACCUGCUGUUGACUCGCUUUGGCCUCAUUCAGUCUAUGAAGGAACUGGACCCAGGCCUACAAGAGGCAGUGUCCACCCUCAUCUGGGCAGCGCCUCGUCUCCAGGCUGAGGUGUCUGAACUAAGAACUGUAUCUGAGCAGCUAUGUGCAAAAUACAGCAAGGAGUACGGCAAGCUGUGCAGGACAAACCAGAUUGGAACGGUCAACGAUCGGCUGAUGCACAAACUGGGUGUGGAGUCCCCUCCUAAGAUCUUGGUGGAGCGCUACCUGAUAGAGAUCGCCAAGAACUAUAAUGUGCCAUACGAACCCGACGCCAUGGUCCGGCCCGAGGUGGGUCCUGGAGAAGAAGCUGACCUGAUUGACGUGGACAAUGACAAGAAGUUUGGAGGAGGAGGAGGAGGCGGCGGCGGCGGCGGCGGUUUCACUGCUCCUGCUGGUGUAAUGCCCAUGCCUAUGCCUAUGCCCAUGCCUAUGCAAUCCGCUUUCAACUAUCCAGCUCCUAAAGGACCCGAACCAUAUAACCCUUCUGUUGGAACCUACAACCACUUCCAGCAUCCCAUGGGAGGAGGGCAGCCCCCUCAGCUGCCUUCUUGUCCCCCCACAUACGAGUCAAUUGAUGACCUAACUGACAAACCUUCUGUUCCUUCCCAGGUCGUAGGUCCUGGCCCUUCAUCUCAGCUAUUUGACAACAAUGCGCUCCCAGAGCUCCCCUCUGUUCCCGAUACACUCCCCACGACCUCCUUCGGCAGAACAAACACCACCUCGGAUGACAUCGACUUUGACGACUUAACGCGGCGGUUUGAGGAGCUGAAGAAGAAGACCUAAUGCUUUGUCCCUGGUCUAUGCACAUACAUUUACACAAACAUACACACAGGCAUGUGCUGUCAACCCAGCAGCGGGGAACUGGAAAUUUGUUGGUUUUCUCCCUUCCACGUUCAAGUAAUCUUACAUAGAUAUAAACAUACAAGGAUGUAUUCUAAUUGCUCAUUUAUACAAAUAUAACCUUUGGCAGUUAGCGGAAAUGUAAUUUAUGUUGGUUGUACUAAGGAGUACAAUAUGGUAAUUUCUUUCCAGCACAUAAUAUAUAUUCUUACACACAAUCAUUUGGCUUUUGACUUCUGUUCACAGACUUUUAUUUGUUCCCAUCUGUCAAUGUAACACAUCUCUCUAACACUUUACAUCUAAACUUAGAUUUGAAUUCUUACUUCUCUGUUUAUUGUUUUUAUUUGGAGUAGGGAUAGAAUAUUUACACUACAUGAUAUCUUGAUUCUGCUUUCCACACGCUAUGCAUUAGACUGAGUAACACAGUUGCCAAGAUCAGCGUCACCAGUCAAACCGGGCAGACAGGCCCACCCAGUUUCAUGGGGAGUUGGCAUUGACAUUCAAAAGCCACAGAUUGUGUCCGGCUCCAAGAAACUGCAUUUUUUUCUCUUUCCUCAUACCUUUAUUUA